AUGAGACUUGGGAUUGGCCUGGCGACUUUGGCCGGACUUUUGCUGACUGCCGCCGGGGAGGCGUUUUCAGGAGGUUGCCUCUUUGAUGAGCCAUAUAGCACGUGUGGAUAUAAGCAAGCUGACGAUGAUGACUUCAAUUGGGAGCAAGUGAACACCUUGACCAAACCAACUUCUGAUCCAUGGAUGCCAUCAGGUUCUUUCAUGUUGGUGAACACAUCUGGCAGACCUGAGGGGCAGAGAGCCCACCUCCUUUUACCGCAGCUCAAAGAAAACGAUACCCACUGCAUUGAUUUUCACUAUUUCGUGUCCAGCAAGAGUAACUCUGCUCCUGGGUUCCUCAAUGUCUACGUGAAGGUCAACAACGGGCCUUUGGGGAACCCGAUCUGGAAUAUAUCCGGAGAGCCGACACGCACAUGGAAUAGGGCAGAACUGGCCAUUAGUACUUUUUGGCCUAACUUUUAUCAGGUGGUUUUUGAAGUAUUAACUUCUGGACAUCAAGGCUACCUCGCUAUUGAUGAAGUGAAGGUGUUAGGACAUCCAUGUACCAGAACCCCCCACUUCCUGAGGAUUCAGAACGUGGAAGUGAAUGCCGGCCAGUUUGCCACGUUCCAGUGCAGUGCCAUCGGCAGGACCAUGGCAGGGGACAGGCUCUGGUUGCAGGGCAUUGAUGUACGAGAUGCUCCUCUGAAGGAAAUAAAGGUGACCAGCGCCCGACGAUUCAUAGCUUCCUUUAACGUUGUGAAUACGACAAAACGAGAUGCCGGAAAGUACCGCUGCCUGAUUCGCACAGAAGGAGGUGUCGGCCUAUCAAACUAUGCUGAAUUGGUAGUUAAAGAACCACCAGUUCCAAUUGCUCCACCUCAGCUGGCCUCAGUGGGGGCAACCUACCUGUGGAUACAACUCAAUGCCAACUCCAUCAAUGGGGAUGGGCCCAUCAUUGCCCGAGAGGUGGAAUACUGCACGGCAAGUGGGAGCUGGAAUGACCGGCAGCCAGUGGACUCCCCGAGUUAUAAGAUUGGGCACCUGGACCCAGAUACAGAGUACGAGAUCAGCGUGCUCCUCACCAGGCCAGGGGAGGGUGGCACUGGAUCUCCUGGGCCAGCCCUCAGAACGAGAACCAAGUGUGCUGAUCCCAUGCGAGGCCCAAGGAAACUGGAAGUGGUAGAAGUCAAAUCUCGACAAAUAACUAUCCGCUGGGAGCCAUUUGGAUAUAAUGUGACUCGUUGCCAUAGUUACAAUCUCACAGUCCACUACUGUUACCAAGUAGGAGGACAAGAACAGGUGCGAGAAGAAGUAAGCUGGGACACAGAUAAUUCACACCCUCAGCAUACGAUCACUAACCUCUCACCAUACACCAAUGUUAGUGUGAAACUCAUCCUCAUGAAUCCGGAAGGAAGAAAGGAAAGUCAAGAACUCAUAGUGCAGACGGAUGAAGAUCUGCCAGGUGCUGUUCCUACUGAAUCCAUUCAAGGAAGUACCUUUGAAGAGAAGAUAUUUCUUCAAUGGCGAGAACCAAUUCAAACAUAUGGUGUCAUCACUUUAUAUGAGAUUACUUACAAAGCAGUCAGUUCCUUUGACCCGGAAAUAGACUUAUCCAAUCAAAGUGGCAGAGUUUCAAAACUGGGAAAUGAAACCCAUUUCCUGUUUUUUGGACUUUAUCCUGGGACAACGUACUCCUUCACCAUCCGAGCUAGCACCGCUAAGGGUUUUGGACCUCCAGCAACAAAUCAGUUUACCACUAGAAUAUCAGCACCCUCUAUGCCGGCUUAUGAACUUGAGACCCCUUUGAAUCAAACUGACAACACAGUGACAGUCAUGCUGAAACCUGCACACAGCAGAGGCGCGCCUGUCAGUGUCUACCAAAUAGUUGUUGAGGAAGAACGUUCUCGAAGAACUAAAAAGACAACAGAGAUCUUAAAGUGCUACCCAGUGCCAAUUCACUUCCAGAACGCUUCUAUCCUGAACUCACAGUACUACUUUGCUGCAGAAUUCCCAGCAAACAGCCUGCAGGCAGCUCAGCCUUUUACAAUUGGUGAUAACAAGACAUACAACGGAUACUGGAACACACCUCUUCUCCCCCAUAAAAGCUACAGAAUUUACUUCCAAGCUGCUAGCAGAGCCAACGGGGAAACCAAAAUAGACUGUGUUCGAGUGGCCACAAAAGGAGCUGCUACUCCAAAACCUGUCCCAGAACCUGAGGAACCAACAGACCAUACAGUUAAAAUUGCUGGAGUCAUUGCUGGCAUCUUGCUGUUUGUUAUUAUAUUUCUUGGAGUUGUGUUGGUAAUGAAGAAAAGGAAACUGGCCAAGAAGCGGAAGGAGACAAUGAGCAGCACGCGACAGGAGAUGACCGUGAUGGUGAACUCCAUGGACAAGAGCUAUGCUGAGCAAGGCACAAACUGCGACGAGGCCUUCUCCUUCAUGGACACCCACAAUCUGAACGGGAGGUCUGUGUCUUCGCCAUCGUCCUUUACAAUGAAGACAAACACACUGAGCACGUCGGUGCCUAAUUCCUAUUACCCAGACGAGACCCACACGAUGGCCAGUGACACCAGCAGCUUGGUGCAGUCGCACACGUACAAGAAGCGCGAGACCGCCGAAGUGCCCUACCAGACGGGGCAGCUGCACCCCGCCAUCCGCGUAGCAGACCUGCUCCAACACAUCACGCAGAUGAAGUGUGCCGAGGGCUACGGCUUCAAGGAAGAAUACGAGAGCUUCUUUGAAGGGCAGUCAGCGCCAUGGGACUCUGCUAAGAAGGAUGAGAACAGAAUGAAGAACAGAUAUGGGAAUAUCAUUGCAUAUGAUCAUUCCAGGGUGAGGCUGCAGACCUUAGAAGGAGACAACAACUCAGACUACAUCAAUGGGAAUUAUAUCGAUGGCUAUCAUCGACCCAAUCAUUAUAUUGCUACCCAAGGACCCAUGCAAGAGACCAUCUACGACUUCUGGAGGAUGGUGUGGCAUGAAAACACGGCGAGCAUAAUAAUGGUGACCAACCUCGUGGAAGUGGGCAGGGUCAAAUGCUGCAAAUACUGGCCAGAUGAUACAGAGAUAUAUAAAGAUAUUAAAGUCACCUUAAUAGAAACAGAACUACUGGCAGAAUAUGUAAUAAGAACAUUUGCUGUUGAAAAGAGGGGUGUUCAUGAAAUCCGAGAGAUCAGACAGUUUCACUUCACUGGCUGGCCCGAUCACGGGGUCCCUUACCAUGCCACAGGGCUGCUGGGAUUCGUCCGGCAGGUCAAAUCGAAGAGCCCGCCCAACUCAGGCCCGUUGGUGGUGCACUGCAGUGCUGGUGCUGGGAGGACCGGCUGUUUCAUCGUUAUCGACAUCAUGUUGGACAUGGCGGAAAGGGAAGGCGUGGUGGACAUCUAUAACUGUGUCCGGGAGCUGCGGUCGCGGAGAGUGAACAUGGUGCAAACGGAGGAACAAUAUGUGUUUAUCCAUGACGCCAUCCUAGAAGCCUGUCUCUGUGGAGACACCUCCAUCCCUGCUUCCCAAGUUCGGUCUCUGUAUUAUGACAUGAACAAACUGGACCCACAGACAAAUUCAAGCCAGAUUAAGGAGGAGUUCCGGACCCUGAACAUGGUCACGCCAACUCUGCGUGUGGAAGACUGUAGCAUCGCGCUUCUGCCCCGGAACCAUGAGAAAAACCGGUGCAUGGACGUCCUGCCUCCGGACCGCUGCCUGCCUUUCCUCAUCACCAUCGACGGGGAGAGCAGCAACUACAUCAACGCCGCUCUCAUGGAUAGCUAUAAACAGCCUUCCGCUUUUAUAGUCACCCAGCAUCCUUUGCCAAACACAGUGAAAGACUUCUGGAGGCUGGUCCUGGAUUAUCACUGCACAUCUGUAGUUAUGCUGAAUGAUGUGGAUCCGGCCCAGUUGUGUCCACAGUACUGGCCAGAGAACGGAGUUCACAGACAUGGCCCAAUCCAAGUGGAAUUCGUUUCUGCUGAUUUAGAAGAAGACAUCAUCAGCAGGAUAUUCCGUAUUUAUAAUGCAUCCAGACCCCAAGAUGGAUAUCGGAUGGUGCAGCAAUUCCAGUUCCUUGGCUGGCCGAUGUACAGAGACACGCCGGUGUCCAAGCGCUCCUUCUUGAAGCUCAUUCGCCAAGUGGACAAGUGGCAGGAGGAAUACAAUGGCGGGGAAGGCCGCACGGUUGUGCACUGCCUGAACGGGGGCGGCCGCAGCGGGACCUUCUGCGCCAUCAGCAUCGUGUGCGAGAUGCUGCGGCACCAGCGCACCGUGGACGUGUUCCACGCCGUGAAGACGCUGCGGAACAACAAGCCCAACAUGGUGGACCUGCUGGACCAGUACAAGUUCUGCUACGAGGUGGCCCUGGAAUACUUGAAUUCUGGCUGA